CAACCACCUUACUCAUUACCAAACAGAAGCGUACCAAGAAUAUAAAAUGGCCCGCAAACAAAGCGAAAGCCUACCAACCUUCGGUAGUUUUUCGCGAACAGGCAUCAAGUGUCCCUGGGUUCCGGUUUCCCAUCGAAACUGAAAGCGACAUCGAACGAUUGGAGAAAGCCGUACGGACGAGUGCAGAGACGCGACAGAAAUUUAUAUCAUUUCUACAGCGGAUGAAGAAACCGGACGAACCGAUCGAGAGCAUUUUCAAGUCCGUUUUCUACGACGAGGCUUUGAGCGAUUAUAACUACAAUGGAUUUUGCAACAGCAGGCGGACGAAAAAGCGAGCCAUGAAGAGCUAUGCCAUUUUCACCAACUGUUUGCUCGAGGCCUGGACGCAGUACGGCGUCACCGCUGCCCAGAUCCGUUCAAUGUUGGGAAAAAUCGUUCGCAAUCUACACGGACGGAAGCGAUUCCGGCGCUAUAGGGAUCGGGUUCGCGAGCAGAAGAUCAGCGAGAGUCGCAAACGGGGAAAGCCUUCACCUGCUCUAUUGUUUCCGUUGACCGAAUCGAAAGCCGUAAUCAAACUGGAGGAAUCCGUUCGAACCGAUCCGAACACCAGACGCAAAUAUAUCAAGUUUCUGAGACGCAUCAAAUCUCCUCGGAACAGCGUGGUGGAUACGUUCUGCAAAAUUUGCACCGACGAUGCCAUCUUCCGGCACUUUAGCUGGGCGUCGCAAAAGGCUUCCCACCCUCACAUGCAGCGGGAAUCACUGCAAAAGUUUCUGAUCUUCACGGACUGCAUGCUCGAAGCCUGGAGUAGCCACGGAAUCACAAAGGAGGACAUAACCAUGAGCAUGGCGAGCAUUGUGAAACGAAUUUACGUUCGCAACAACGUGCGCAACUUCCGGGCAAAGUCCUCACACAAGCAGUUCAUGGGACAUCCUUACUAGAACAACACUCCGUUCGAACGACAAAUAACAUCUGACAUCCGUUUGUCUGUGAAUUAUCAUUUUUAUUUUCUCAUUUGACUUGUAUUGAAUUCGGUUUCCAACCACA